UCGAAGACCUCAACGCUGGACGUCGUCGUGUACGCGCGCGCAAAUCCAUAUACGUUCGUCACGUAGUUAUUACACUGCACGCAGAUCGUAUUAUUGCAACCGCAUUAAAAUAUUAUAUUUCCGUCGGUUAUUAGUUUAUUAAAGUCUCGACGUUGCGUCACGUGCGUGUGAUAGGAUUACCAUUGAUACCAAGUCGUUUCCACCGGCAGCCACGAUGGACGGUCCUCGUUGGCCCGUGACGAUGACCUCGACCAAGAAGACCAUGUCCCGGUCAUUUCUGAUCGACACACUCAUAGGAAGCGUCAAACGUCCCUCCAAUACCGCCGCCGUUGCUGCUGCCGCCGCUGCAGCUUCCGUAUCCGCGGCCUCCGUAUCUUAUCAUCCACAACUUAAUGAGUACAUUCAGUUCUUGAAUAGGACUGCAGCAGCGGCCGCCGUCUAUGGAUACCAAUCUCCGACGCCCGUUGUAUUUCCAUCGGCAACUAAUCCGCGGUUUUUCGGUUAUCCGGUUGGCGGCAGUAGCAGUGCAGGUGCCGUUGGUGCAUUCGGCAAAGACCACCAACAGCAACAGCAUCACCAUCAGAAGCAGAUAUCACCAACGGUCGUAAAACCAAUUCCCUUUGUAGCCACCAGCACGCCCUUGAAGAAUAAACCACAUCAUGCUAAGACUUCGGCGAAAAAGAGAACCGCGAACGAAAUGAUAGACCACGACUCGGAAUGUGUUGUGACUGAAGACUCACAACGAGAAAAUGGCGAAAGCGACACAGAUUCCGGAAGUUCGAAAAGGAUCCGGACAGCGUUCACCAGUAACCAGCUAUUGGAAUUGGAACGAGAAUUCUCCAGCAAUAUGUAUUUGUCACGAUUGAGGCGCAUAGAGAUUGCCAACUAUCUACGGUUGUCCGAGAAGCAGGUGAAAAUUUGGUUCCAGAACAGACGAGUCAAGCACAAGAAAGAAGAUGGACCCGCGUCAUCGAUCAAGCAAGAAACGUCGUGCUGCAACUGUUCGAAAUCAUGUCACCAGUCGUCCACGGCGGUCGGGAAUACGUCCAGUUGUCGGCAAAACGAUACCGACGGCGGUGACGGGGAUGGGCGCUGUGGUCAGUUUGACCACGUAGAUGCGUAGGCGAACAAGCUAUAUUAUGAUAGUUCACCCGUGGCAAGUACAAACAUUAAUUUAUGGGCAAUGGCUGUGAUGAAGAGUGGCGGUCGAAUGACAUCGAUCAACCACUGUAAUAUCGUAACACGAAUUUAUUUUUCAACCGUUCAUGGUGGACGCGAAAUGACUAAGUCACCAACGAGUUUAGUUAUUGGUGAAAGAAUAACAGGAUUCUUCGUCCUUCGUGUACUGCGCGUUAUCCUAAACCAGUAAUAGUCAGAAAUGGCUUUGACAGUGUCAAUGAAAUAAGACGCAACUGAUACGCGUGGUUUAAACGAAAUAUAUUAUUAUAUAUAGUUUAAUAAAUAUUACGUUUACUAAAUUAUCAUAAUUAAAAUAUUUAUAUUUGUAAUUGUUUUUUUAUAUUGU